AUGGACACAUCAGCCCCCUCAACCACAACCAACAACCACAAUACCCCCAACCCGCCCAGCAUCGAACUCGCCUACAAGAAAAAAUGCAUCCAACUCAAAAAACGACUCAACGAAAUUGAAGCCGAAAACGACCUGGUCCGCGCGCGCAACAAACGCGCAAAACUCUACGUCGCAAAGAUGCGUCUGGAAACCUGUAUCAUGCUUGAGCGGUUGGCGACUGUGACGGGGAUGUUGGAUGAAGCUGCUUCUACGUCAGCAGCUGCUGGACAGCAAGGUGCUGCUGCUGGGGGACAGAUAAGUGCGGAGUUGAGGGCAAAAGCAGCGGCGAUUGUGACUAGUGCACAUGCGCAGAGUACCCAGGGAGUGAUGGAUGAUGAGACGGAGGGUAGUUCGGAGGAGCAGCCUCCUACUCCCCAAGAACGACCCCUCCGCGUAAAACGCAGCCGCAAAUCAAACAUCGCCUUCGAAGAGCUCGAAGCCGAGGCCGCAAUGCAAUACGAAGCCAAUAGCCCCGAACCUAGGGGCGGCAACGACUCGGGCUACAACCACAAUAUCGAUGUUGACAGAGACAGCAGAAAUAUUGGUACUGGCGACGAGCAGGAUGUGAAUGACCGGGACCUCUCGCAGGGAGCGGAUAGGGAGAGGUCGUUACUUACUGCUGGGGGUGCUGUUGAUGGAGAUGAGAGACGAUCUUCUGGGUUUAGGGCUGUGAAUGCGAGAUUUGAUAGUCAGGGUGCGGUGCCGAUGGAUGUUGAUGAGAAGCCUGCUAGGGGGGAAAGCUAG